GCAGGGCCGGGCAGAGCGGCUGGAGCCGGGCCUCUGCCGCGAGAGGCCGGCGAACGCUGUCUUCCUGGGCCCGCGGCCGGGCGAGGGGCAGUGGAAGGGGCGGUGGCCCGCGUUGUGGCCAUGUCUGUGUCCGCAGGGUGCGGUGGUCCCGCGAACCUGCGCCCUGAGUCCUGGCCCCGCCGGACACCAGUGUCCUCCUGGAGGUCCGGCAGAAGGCAGUGACCGGCAAUCUGUGCGUCCUAAGUCCCCGGGAGGAACAGGGCCCAUGAAUAGCCAGUUAGCCUGGAGGAACUACCAGCCCUCGUCUCAGAGACAGCUCUUUGGCCCAAUAUCACAGAUGGGUCACUUCAGGCAGAGCCCACCUGGCUUCACAAGGUCAGAAGCACAUUUUCCCAGGCCAGUUCAUUCAGGGCCUGGCUCAGGGUGAGCAAACUCUCCAAGGACUGAUUUGCAUGGCAGAGACCACUCACUGGAUCUGUGUGAGAGCCCAAGCGAUGGCUGCUGACAUGCCAAGGAAGAAAAGCAGCGAAUGCCCUGAUGGCACAUUGGCUCCUUCUGAUGGGCAGAGUGUGGAGAGAGCCGAGAGCCCCACACCAGGAAUGGCCCAGGGAAUGGAGCCAGGUGCUGGGCAGGAGGGUGCCAUGUUCGUCCAUGCCCGUUCCUACGAGGACCUGACUGAAUCGGAGGAUGGGGCGGCUUCUGGGGAGAAUCCCAAGGAGGGUGCUGGGGGUCCCCCACCGCUGCCUACAGACAUGCGCCAGAUCAGCCAAGACUUCAGUGAGCUGAGCACCCAGCUGACAGGCGUGGCCCGAGACCUCCAAGAGGAGAUGCUGCCAGGAAGCUCUGAGGACUGGACAGAGCCCCCAGGGACAGCUGGGAGACCAGCCACAGAGUCCCCCAGGGAGGGCACAGGCGAGGGGGAUGAGGAGGAGGCUGCCGAGGCCUGGCGACUGCACCAGAAGCAUGUGUUUGUGCUGAGCGAGGCGGGGAAGCCUGUGUACUCUCGCUAUGGGUCAGAGGAGGCACUUUCCAGCACCAUGGGUGUCAUGGUGGCCCUGGUGUCCUUCCUGGAGGCUGACAAGAACGCUAUCCGUUCCAUCCACGCAGAUGGCUACAAGGUAGUAUUCGUACGCCGGAGCCCACUGGUGCUGGUGGCGGUGGCCCGCACGCGGCAGUCGGCCCAGGAACUGGCGCAGGAGCUGCUCUACAUCUACUACCAGAUCCUGAGCCUUCUUACGGGCGCGCAGCUCAGCCACAUCUUCCAGCAGAAGCAGAACUACGACCUGCGGCGCCUCCUCUCGGGCUCGGAGCGCAUCACUGACAACCUGCUGCAGCUCAUGGCACGAGACCCCAGCUUCCUGAUGGGGGCGGCACGCUGCCUGCCCCUGGCGUCCGCUGUGCGCGACGCCGUGAGUGCCAGCCUGCAGCAGGCGCGCGCGCGCAGCCUGGUCUUCUCCAUCCUGCUGGCGCGCAACCAGCUCGUGGCGCUCGUGCGCCGCAAAGACCAAUUCCUGCACCCCAUCGACCUGCACCUACUCUUCAACCUCAUAAGUUCCUCCUCGUCCUUUCGCGAGGGCGAGGCCUGGACGCCCGUGUGCCUGCCCAAAUUCAACGCAGCCGGCUUCUUCCAUGCACACAUCUCUUACCUGGAGCCUGACACCGAUCUCUGCCUGCUGCUGGUCUCCACCGACCGCGAGGACUUCUUUGCAGUCUCUGACUGCCGCCGCCGCUUUCAGGAACGCCUGCGGAAGCGCGGAGCCCACAUGGCGCUGCGGGAGGCACUGCGCACGCCCUACUACAGUGUUGCCCAAGUGGGCAUCCCCGACCUGCGCCACUUUCUCUAUAAGUCAAAGAGCUCAGGACUCUUCACCAGCCCUGAGAUUGAGGCCCCGUACACCAGUGAAGAGGAGCAGGAGCGGCUGCUGGGCCUCUACCAGUACCUGCACAGCCGAGCGCACAAUGCCUCCCGCCCACUCACGACUAUCUACUACACAGGCCCCAACGAGAACCUCCUGGCCUGGGUGACAGGUGCCUUUGAGCUCUACAUGUGCUACAGCCCCCUGGGAACCAAAGCAUCAGCUGUCAGUGCCAUUCAUAAGCUGAUGCGCUGGAUCAGCAAGGAAGAAGACCGCCUCUUCAUCCUGACGCCCCUCACCUACUGAUGGGAAUGAGUGUGGGCUCAGCCCUGCUAAGCCCACUGGGUCAUGGGAGCCUCCAGGCGGGGCUGGCCUCUCUUGCCCAGGCAGCAGGCAGGGACUGUGGGUUGGUGCGUGCAUUAAAGUGCUUUGGGGAAGACACUUGUCAGGCCUUGUCACUG